AAGGUACUACACGUUCGCUGGAAAAUACUCUAGAAUCGAUCAGAAAACUAGCUGUGUUUUCUCCAUCGUCCAGCCGAGAGGAGGCUAUGAAGAUCCGGCAUGCGCUCACCCAAUCCGUCACCUUCCUCGUUAUGGUCGUUGCAUUGUUGGUGCUGGUGCCCGAGGGAAUAAUGCUAGUGACGGGUGUCAAGACACCGGCGAUGGCCGUUUUGUCGGAAAGUAUGGAGCCUGGAAUUAAAAAGGGUGAUAUGGUGUUUGUGCACAACAUGAGCAAUGAACCUUUCCACGUAGGAGAGAUCAUUCUUUUCAAGGUUGAUGGCUUUGAACAUCCAGUUGUCCAUCGCGUGAUCAAGGUUCACGAGCAUCGAGAUACUGGAGAAAUCCGAAUACUCACCAAAGGGGACAACAAUUCAGUGGAUGACCGAUUUCUCUAUGCGAGUGGGCAGCUUUGGCUUCAACCGCAUGAUAUUAUUGGACGGGUUGCAGGCUACCUGCCAUAUGCUGGAUGGCCUACUGUCUUCAUCAGUGAAUCUUAUAAGAUGUUGCUGAAUGGUCGAAGCACUACAACUCCUGAAGUAUACUGGGUAACAAUGUAACCGCGGCAGAUUCAUGUGGGUUGUCUCCAUAAUGUCUUGUUAGGGGUUAAAGAAUGCAUGAAGCGACGAAGAGUAUGUAAAAGAUGUAUCAUUAUCAUAGUCUCCACAACAUAGUAAUCGAGCUCCAUCCGUCUUGUUGAAGUCAUUUUCUAUAGCACGGUCGACAAGAUUUCUUUUUUCGAGAACGCGCAAAAGUCUUACAUUUCUUUGCACGAUCGACAUGAUUCUAACUCCUUCUUUGAAAGGUAGAUUUUGAUGAAACAUGUUGUUAGAUGUAUUCUUCUUCUUUUUUGACAAAGGGUGAAUUUUAUUGACUCAAAACAAAGUAUUAUGUGGAUACAAAAACAAUGAACACACACUGCAUUGGCAACGACGAGUGUGAGUAGCCAUCGAAGGGUCAGUACACCCUGGUCGGAGAGCAGAUGGCGGUUGCAGGACGUUGGAUCUGAGGGACGAGUUGGAGGCACCAAGGUGAGGCAGCGCACGUCCUUGCUGUCACCCUCCACUGUGGGGCCCGAGGGCCUCCUUCAAGAACGGUGAGGGAGGGAAGCUGUGGUAAAGGCCUCUAGGAGUGGCAGCGGCCUCCGUAGUCGCCCACGAGCGACCCAGGAGGCAGUUUAGGUCGUGUAUU